AUGGACGCCCUCCAGGAACUCACGCCGACUGAAGCCUUUCCGAAGGAUCACGGGGUGCCUGCCCUGACUCCCGACCGCUCACGCACCCCGGCCACGCCCCCGGUAGACAAGAGGUCUCCUCGCGGCCCGCAGAGUUACAGUCACCUGGCCCUUCGUCUCGCACAUUCGACUGCCGUUUCGCCAACGAUCGACUCGCUUUCUCCCCGCUCACUCGACAUGACCCGCGACAUGGCCAUGGAGGGUUCGUUGCCUCCGAGUCCACGCACCAAGCUGCAAGAGUCGCCGUUUGACCCGGCUUCCCAUUCCCCUCAUUCGGCCGUUUUCAGCGCCAGUCAGAGGAUUCAGAGGUUGACCAGCUGCGACUCGAACCUGCUGGCUUUAGACGGCAACGACGUGAAGAUUGGCUCUGACAUCACUGGUGGGAUUGCCUCCAAGCCCAUGGAUAACGCCAACUCGAGCAGUACCGACGACGUGACUAUCAGACACUUUCCACGCUUCGACCAGGCGUCGCGCCCCAUCGUGUCGGAUAACUGGCGAGCCAAGAGUGCCGUCGAUUCCGUCGAUGUCGUCACGAGACCGCAGCUGGAUUCUCUGACCAUCAACAGUAACGGAAGCACGUCCAGCCCGCAGUCUCCCUUCGCCUAUUCGCCGGCCCGCAGUCCGCUGGCAGCGCCCGCCAACUUCAACGCGAUGACGGGCUUUAACCAGCCGAAUCCGCAUCCCCCGCCGACGCGUGUGUCACUGUCAACAUCCGUCUCGAUGUCCUUCAAUCAGGAUCCUGGUUAUACCCAUCACUCGUCCACCAGCAGCAGUCUUGAGUUCGGCACUCAAGACGGCCCGCCGAGGAGUAUCCCAGCCGAAAAUGCUACCAGCAUGCCUCCGAAUUCGCCAUCUGCCAACCCCAUCACCACCCGCAUCAGCGAUCUGGGACUCGGUAGCGAAAACACCGCGACAAACACCGCCUCCGCCAACGGCAAUGAGAACGCCCAGGGCAGCAGCAAUAGCAGCACCAGCAACGGCACCUUCUCCGUGACCAUCUCUACCGACACGCUCGGCUACUGCUUUGUCCGGCCCAACGGCACGCGCACGCGCCUGGUGCCCGUCGACAUGCUGCCGUACCCUUUGCAGGGGAUUCCGGCAAACGAGAGCGGAAACGACCGGCUGGUGGCGCUGCCUGUGCCGGCCGGCGUCGGCGUCGACGGACAGUCGAGCAACACGCAGGCUUUGAGCGCGCUUUGUCCCCCGGAUGGAAAUACCAACGGCGAUGCGAUCCAGAACCAACCCCCAACCUCAUCAUCAUCUUCCUCUUCGACAACAACGACGACAACACCCAAACGCAUAAAAGUCUACUGCGACAAGUGGGUCCACGAAGGCGUCUGCGCUUUCACUCAGCAAGGGUGCAAGUACAAGCACGAGAUGCCCUCAGACCGCGCGACGCAGCACCAGCUGGGCCUGUUCUUGGGUUAUCCCGUGUGGUGGAAGCGGAGGCAGGCUGAGUUGUCGAGGGUCUUGCAGGCGCCGCCGGCUCCGGGGUCGGUGCAGGGUUCGAGUUCGGGGUUGGGGUCGGGUUCUUCUUCUGUGGGUGGGAAAGGGAAUGGGAAAUUGAAUGGGAAUGGGAAUGGAAAUGGGAAUGGAAAUGGGAAUGGAAAUGGGAUGACGGAUCGUGUGCAGCAGCGGGCUCUGGGACGGGUGGCUUCGAGUCAGGGUCAUGGUCAGGGUCAGGGGUUUGGUCAGGGCCUCGGUGAGAGGAGCUCUGCUGGUGGUUGUCUCGAGAGACCUGGGAGGCUGCUCACCUCUGCCGCUUCUGUUCCUGCUCCUGGUGGGAGGCUUCCUGCUAGACUUGGUCAGGGGCUUGGUUCUGGGAGUGGUAUGGGCGGUGACGCAGUUACCUUACCUGCGAGCCCGACCUACCAAAGGUUUGGUUUUGCCGCGGAGCACAGCGCCAAAAGAUUCGAGAGGACUCUCGCCCACUUAUCGUCUGGGGGCGACAACGACCCAACCUCUGCCAGGCUUUUCCAGGGCCAGUCUCCUCGACAGAACACAACAAACGGCGGGCUGGCUGCCUCGCGCUGGGGAGGCGGCCCCCAAGCUCCAGCAAACAUCAACGGCACCCCAAUUAGCCACGCGCGGGAGCAGCUUAUCCGCCCGUCGUGGCGCACUACCUCUUCGGCCGAGCCGUCCUCGCAGCGCGGAUACCCUGACCAGAGCCUGCGUACCUACGAUGGUGCCGACUACGAGUCUCGCGACAGGCCUGACCAUCUACGCUACGACCAUUCCGGUGCUGAUCCAGAGCAGGGUGGAAACAUAUUCGCCAACAACAACACCCCUGCUACCCAGUUCGCUGGCCCCGCCAACGACACCCGCGCCUGGCCCUGGGACUACCCGCGCUACAUCCGCCGCGCCUCGCAGACACGGCAGUACCGGCCCGAGCCACCCCUGACCCAGGCCCAGCCCAUCAAUGUCGGGUCCUCGUUUGGCGCUGCUUGCAAGUUUGGCUCUCCUUAUCCAUCCACCCUCUCACGAACUCCCCCGUCCCUUCGUCACCUAUCCAAGGACAACAUUCCCCACCGCCACGUGCACGUCCACGUCCACGUCCACCUCGACAACCUCCCCGUCAUCGACCUCGUCAGGGUCAAUAUCAAUGUCGUCAACCUCCCCCUACGGCCCCAUCGCUCCGCCCCUGAGGAACAGGAACCCGAAUCCAAGAAUUCCGCUUCCAAAUCCGAGUCUGAACUCCCCUCAUCAACAUCAUCAACAUCAGUAUCUCGCUCUGAGCAGCGGCAACAGCAGCAGCACUCUUGUCACUGGUCACACUAA